GGACAGUUGGGAUUGGUUACAUAUAGCAGCACUAAACAUACAAAUAGAGGAUAGCUAGUCCACAAACACGAUGUCGUCUUGAUGGCUGAUACAUAACAAAACUGCUCGUUGUUUUCACCGGUUUGUUCAUCGUAACGACUACCGAAGAAGAAACACAAGCCAAGCCUAGACAUCCUCCCCUCAUCCAAAGUGAGUGAACGUUGAACGCUAUCCAGUUCUCUUCCUCCUCCCUUUCUGCCCUAGGGUUGUAGCAAUGGCUGCUGUAAGAACUGCUACAAACAUGAUCUUUAAAGAAAUUCUCCGUCCACGAUCGCUGUCAUUGGCGUCAGAUCGCUCGUUCCACAUAGCGUUGCCAAAUCUCGUCCGCACACCUGGCCGUGGGAUCAGCUUCUGUCGUUUCCGUUGCGCAGCAUCAGAUUCCGGUGAAGGCAGUAAGAAAGUCUCGGCACGGCACUCUCAGGUUCAGCAGCUUCUGCAGGAAGCUGAGCAGGCGGCUCUUUCGGCCGGAAAUGAACCUAUUCCCCAAAUUACUCUUGACCAUGUUAAUGUGAGUUUUGCAAGAAGUGGUGGACCAGGAGGCCAGAAUGUAAACAAAGUGAACACUAAAGUGGACAUGCGCUUCAAUGUUAAAAAUGCAUAUUGGCUAAGUGAUAGGGUCAGGGAGAGGAUUAUGCAAAUGGAAAAGAAUCGGAUAAAUAAAGAUGGGGAGCUCGUCAUUUCUUCAACAAAAACCAGAACACAGAAGGGUAACAUUGAAGAUGCUCUAGGGAAACUACAGGCAAUCAUUGAUGCUGCUUCAUACGUCCCACCCCCUCCUUCAGAAGAGCAAAAGAAGAAAAUUGCCAAGUUGGCUGCCAUUGGGGAGCGGAAAAGGCUGGAGAGCAAGAAGGCCGUUUCACAAAAGAAGGCUUUCAGAAGAGCCCGAGACAGUUGGGAUUAACUACUGAGAUCCCUGUAUAAAUGUGGGAAUGAAAAAGGGAAGAUAUAGAGCUGUUGAAAAUGCACGAUAUGACAAAGCAAUAUGAGUGAUUGAGAGAUGUCAGCAAUCACAGCUGGGGAGGGGAGUCCAGGACGCUAUAUCUGCACUCCUCGUUAAGCAUAUAUACCAAAUGUUGGGCAGAAUUGACAUUCUUCUGUGUAACAACUAUUCUAUUGUAGACUUGGCAAAAAGACGUGAAUUUUACAGGAUAGACGCUACCAUUGACAUAUUGGACUCGCUUUUAUUCAGAAAAUUGUCCUUGUGGACGUACACUUUAGAUUUGAGUAACAAAUCUUUUUUCGGGGUUUGCAA